GGUUAAUGUGGAAGAAGGCCCGUCCGAGGACCGUCAUAUGACUACGGGUCUUCAUACAGUGAAAGAUAUUUAUUGUUCUCGUUGUAGAUCCGUAUUAGGGUGGAAAUAUGAACGAGCAUAUGAACAAAGUCAACGCUAUAAAGAGGGGAAAUAUAUUCUGGAAAAACAACUUCUUACUGACGUCAUUUGA